AUGGCAACUGUUGGCGUCGUUUUACCGACAUCAAGUUCGUUUGUCUACGAAGAUUUAGUUUCUCAAGUGCAAACAAUUCAAACUCAAAUGAUUGAAAUGGAAAAUUUUCUCGAUAAUCAAUGGGAAAAAAACAAGAAAAUGCAAAGUGAACUCAAAUCGCGUUCUCUGACCUUCAUCGAUCCAUAUGGAAAUCGAACGAAGAUAAAAUGUAUGGAUCAUGAAACUAUCAGUAAAACAAUUAAAAAAUACAGAAAAGAAUAUGUUCCCAAAUACUUACAACCAUGGAUCAAAGUUGGUCUUUUAAAUGAAAGUACUAUUUCGCCCUUGAGCGAAUCUGCUUUAAAAUCGUCUGUAUCAAACUUCACAGCUAGCCAUGAAUUUGUUUCAUAUGGUGAAGUAACUGUAUGGAUGAGAAUCCAUGAGUCAUUUCUAACAAAAAAGGUUGUUAUUAAUGUAUUAUUAUCGGACGACUUAGAGAAAAUCAAAAUGAGAGUUAAAGAACGCCGGCGAUUUACAGAUCUGGAAUUAAAAAUGUCCACAGUAGAAGAAAAUAAAACACCAAGCGAGAAGGAUUGGACUGAAGGUACACCUCUAAAAUCCAAGGAUACAGUUAUGUCAAGUCAACUGUAUCUACAAAACAGUAUCAUACUGGCAAAAGUCCACAACAAACAAACUCAUUCAAGUGACAAAGGGCAAUUCUUGAUAUUUGUGAAAACUCUUACCGGACAAAGUAUGACUCUUGAAGUUACUUCAAAGAUGAAAGUUCAAGAUUUGAAGAAAUUAAUUGAAGAAACAGAUGGUAUCUGCAUUGAUCAACAACGGAUAAUAUUUAUGGGAAUACAACUAGAAGAUGGUAGAGCACUAAGUGACUACAAUGUCCAGAAAGAAAGUACGUUACAUUUGGUAUUGCGAUUACGUGGUGGCAUGUAUCAUUUUACCAGUGGUCGACAAGAUUUCGAAGAUUUGCCUGUUACCAGCUCUAAUGCGAUUAAAGAGGUGCUCGCAUUCAAACUUAGCAGCAUACACGACACCAAACAAUUGUCGCCAUCUGAGCUACAGAAUUCACUUUUACAAGGAAAAGCUAUUCUUUCAUCUUUGUACCAAGAAAUCAAUGAAAUCUAUAUUCCAGAUAGUAUUUCAAAUUUGAGAAAUAUGAUCUUGCCAGCACCUAUCGAUGAUGCACAAGAUGAUGAAACUUCCACACAAAAACAACUUCGAGUCUACCGAUUAUUAGAACGACAAACUCUCAAACAACUCCUCAUCAAAGAAGAACAACUCCGACUUGCACCACAAACACAACAACUACUCGCAUCCAUUCAAGAUCGAACUGACAUCGACUGGAUGGAUGUCAUUGCUCAACUUCAAACUACACUCGUCAAAGAAACUAUCGGCGAAGAUGCGACUGAAAACGAAAUUCAACAUGCUCUCACUAUCUUCAGAAGUGCGCAUCAGAUCUAUGCAGACGAUCAAGAAUUCCAAAAUCUCUCUCUCUAUGUUCGACAUAAUCGUGCACGACUAGGUCAUCUCAAACUUGCUGAUCAAGCACCAGACGUACAACUACUAGACCUAAACAAUCACUUUCAUUCAUUGUUAUCUCAUUGUCAUUCUCCUCAUCGACCUCUCUUGAUCAUUGCUGGCUCAUACACAUGA